GAAUAAUCCCUGCCACGUAUCAGGUCAGGGAGCUAUGGCGGCAGCUGUGACUGCGAGCUACCGGUGGCGCAGCGUUUGUUCUAGGUCGCCGACGCCAUCCUCUCGAGCUAGCGCGUCUCUAGCGCCGAGAUUCCUGCGCCGGGCGCUGCUCGGCGCCGCAGCGGCGGCGGCUGGAAUCAUGGAGCCGCAGGGCGGGGAUCCAGCGUUUGCCGCCAGGUCCAAGAAGAGAUCCGAGGCAGAGGAGAUUCUAAGAAACGUGGGGUGGCCGGAGGAAUUCCCCUUCAAGAAGGAAGAUUUCCAGCGUUAUGACGAAUCACCAGACACGCUCUUCUACUCCACGCCCAGAUUCGUCACUCACAUUGACGACGCUGCGAUCCAGGCGCUCACUAAAUACUACGCAACAGUGUUCCCACCAAGCAACACUCCCGGCGUGGCGUUACUAGACAUGUGUAGCAGCUGGGUUAGCCACUAUCCCAAGAACUACGCACAGCAACGCAUCGCCGGACAAGGACUAAACGAGGAAGAGCUCAAACGGAACCCAGUGCUAACAGAGUACUUGGUGCAAGAUCUAAACCAGAAUCCUCGCCUGCCUUAUGAGGACAAUUCCUUCGACGUGAUUACAAACACGGUCAGUGUGGACUACUUGAGCAAGCCCAUUGAUGUCUUCAAGGAGAUGAAUCGCGUACUUAAGCCCGGAGGUUUAGCCUGCUUGAGUUUCUCGAAUCGAUGCUUCUGGACGAAGGCAGUCUCCGUGUGGACGGCAACUGGGGACGUGGAUCACGUCUGGAUUGUUGGUGCUUACUUCCAUUACGCUGGAGGAUACGAACCAGCCGAGGCCUUGGAUAUCUCGCCAAAUCCCGGAAGAACGGAUCCAAUGUACGUCGUCUUCUCUAGGAAGUUGAGAGCGUGAACUGUAAACAACAACCGUAGUACUUGUCUAUAAAUGCCGAAGAGAACCUUCCAUACGUCAAAAAAACCAUAUGUACAAAUUGGUUUAGUCGCGCUCAUGAUUGUAGCGUCUGUUUCAACUCGAACAAUUCAACCUGA